AUGGCUAAUAAUACUAUUAGGAUGAUGUCGUAUGCCAAUAAUGCUACAAUAACAACAAGAUUAUCAGCAUGUAGUCAAAUAAUGAAUGUAACCCAAACAAUACAAGAUCUUUAUAAUUUAUAUAAAAAUAACAGUUCAAAUUUAGUUUCAAGUGUAUUUUAUAAUAUUUCAAUUAUUAAUUUCAAUUGUACAACGCCAUUUGGUAAAUAUUUUGAACAAAUUAUAAUAUUUACACGAUCAGUAUCGAUUCGUAUUCAAGUAGCAUUAGUUUCAAUUUAUUUUGAUUAUAUUACUGGAAAUAAAUUUUCUAUAAAUGGUUUAAAUGGAUUUUUCAUUGAACGAGAAAGAUCAAUUUCUCUUUCAUCAAUCAGUUUAAAUUAUAAUGCCAAAUUCGAUUCUUGUUCGAGUAUUGAGACAGCUCAAGAUCCAGUUUGUCUACAGAACAGUUCAACACCUGUAUGCAUUAGUCGCUUUACAAAUCCAUGGAUUUUCAAUUGCAGUGAAAUCUCUGUAACAUCAACAAUUUCUUCAUUAUCUACUAUGAAUAAUGAUGGAUUAUUAUCAACACCAAUUUUAAAUUCAUGGCAAAUCAGUCUCAUAUGUAGUUUAAGUGGUUUUUUUCUAUUAAUUUGUUUUCUUCUUCUUGGAUAUUUUUGUCGACGUCGUUCACGUUCAAAACAUUUUACUUUAACAUCAGUAAAUUUUUUUAAUGAUAUAAAAUCAAUGCAAAAAAAUGGAAUACCACUAUGUCAAACUUUUCAAAGAGCUGCUACUAUUGUACAACCUAAACAAAGAAAUAAUUUGACUGUUGCUUGGAUUCAUGAUGGUAUUAAUGAAAAAAGUUAUAUCAAUUUAAAACCAACUGAACUUUAUAAUCAACAAAUAUUUAUUGAUCAUACUAAAAUCCAUGAUCCAGUUUUUCAUUCAAAUAUUUCUAAAAAUUCUCUCAAACCUAUUUAUAUUCCAAAUGAUCAUAUUAAUCCAUUAACAUCAAAAGUACAUUCAAUAGCAAUUAUUUCUCGACCUGUAUCUGAAACAUCAAAGAAUCAAUUAAAAUCAAUAGUUGAUCAAUUAGAAGAAGAUAAACUUGAUCCAUCGGAUAGUAUUUCAUUUCAUCAAUCAAAUAAAACUAAUCCAAAAAAAUUGAGUAUAUCAAUUUCAGGACAAUUAGCAAAUACUUUAUCACUUGAUGAAAGUUUACAUGAUGAAGAUGCUUGGAUGUCUAUUUUAGAUGUAGCUAACGCUGAACUUGAUGUACUCGAUCGAUUGGAAAAUGAACAAGAUCGGAUAAAAACAAUAGUGUAA